GGGCCUCGUUCACCAUCUCCAAGUAAAGUGUUGAUUAGUUACUUCUCAAUUAACGUUAAUCAGCAAGUAAAGGUUACGAGUAUCUUUUGUCGAUUUCACAAACGAAAAAUAAGCUCCGAGUAACAACUUGCUGGUUAAGUGAGUAACGUAACAAAUCAUACGUCACAUUCGUUCAAUAUUACGUCAAUGUCACUCGUCAAACGUCAUUGCAGCUGUCAUUUGUGCAUUGUUGUUUGUUGUAGUAGUGGAUUGUCUGUUCGGUUGGAAAUAUUAACUUGUGUGAUUUUAAUUUCUUAAGUUAUUAAGUACUUACGUAUUUAAUUAUCAUGGAUAAAGUUAAAAGAGAUAGAAGUGCAAACUUUUCGUUACAUGAGAGAGAAAUUUUAGUAUCACUUGUACAAAAAUACCAUGCUGUGCUGGAGAAUAAACAAAGUGAUGCUUCGACGUGGAAAAUGAAGGAAGCCGCUUGGGAAAGCAUUCAAAAUGAAUUUAAUGCUCGAUCUGGAGGCAUAUUUAGAUCGACCAAAACGUUAAAGGUCAAAUAUGAGGGCUUGAAACGUACAGUCAGGAAAAAGUCAGCUGCAUGUCGCUCGGAACUUUACCGUACCGGAGGUGGUAAGAACACAGCUCCUCCACUCGAUAAUGUGGAAGAACAAAUUAAAGCCAUGAUAACGUUAAGCGCCGAUGGCUUGGAAAGUAUUUUCGACUCCGAUGUAUUGCCACAAAAUCAAGAAGACACAAUUGAUGUUCCUAAAAUGGAAGAAUUUUUAAGAAUUCCACCAUUACAAAUGGACACAACUGAGGUUGUAGAAAGUGAGGCUACUCAAAACCAAGUUGUACUGCUUGUUACAAAUGAGUUUGAACCAUUGCCACCCACUACUAGUGCAGAAACAGUUCUGGAAACAAAUAUAUUAAAAGUAGACAACGUGAAUGACAAAGCUUUGCAUGAAACACCAAAUGGGAGAUGUGGUACAACUCCAACUACUUCUGCCAAUAAAAAAUGGGAUGUCACUAGCAGAAGAAAUUUAAAAUCAAGAAAACAUCCUGCACUGAUUGCUAAUGUACCGAAAAAAACACUUUUUGAUGAGCUGACUCAAGCUAAGCUGGAACUAGUUCAGCUCCAAAAAGAUUUUUUGGAAGCAGAAAUAAAUGAAAAAAAGAAGGUGUGGGAAUUUGAAGAAAAUGAACGCAAGAAGGAGGCAGAGUUUAAAGAAAAGGAGCGCAAAUGGAAGGAAGAAGAGUACCUACAAAUUAAAAUUAGGAAACAAUUUUAAAUAAAUAAAUUGUUUGUUUUAUUUAGGGUCUAUUAUUAUUUAGUAAUGGUAAAAAAUAUUCUUGCACCAGUCUAUUUCUAGGAUCAUAAUUCAGCUCAGGGCUCUGCGCUGCAAUUUCUUCCAGAGUCUGUGUAUCAGUUGAGUUGUAGUUGUCCCCAAAGUUUCUUUCAUUUACAUCAAUUGCAAUAUUAUGCAAUACAAAGCAGGCAACUAUUAUAGCUUGUACACGAGCUAAGUUUAAU